AACUAACAUCCAUGACCAAGCAAUGGCUCUAACGCCUUCUUCUUCAUCCCCUAAUCUCCUCCAAUUUCCGCUCACCACUCCCUCCACAGCCACUCGCUACCUACUCUUCUCCAAACUCACCGUCAGCUCUCGCCUUUUCCGGUCGCCAUGGGCACCGUCGCUACUUUCGUCGUACCGGAGCAAGAUCUCUGCGAUUUCUCCGAUCGUAGUAUCCAGGGUGAAAUGCUCUGCGAAAUCGACGGCGGAGGAGGACCUGUUGUCGGAACCGGAAAUCCUAGCUACAGGGGGUGGCGACGACGACGCGAAGGUCCAGGACCAGAGCUCGGUGGCUGCCAGUAGACCUGCUGGUUCGCCGAGAGUCGCCACGUCACUGAGUGAAUCUCUCUCCCUCGGGAUUCGCGAGCCGGUUUACGAGGUGGUAGAAGUGACGUCAAAUGGGAUGAUAUCUACUAGGAAAAUUAACAGACGCCAAUUAUUGAAGUCAAGCGGUCUUCGUCCACGAGAUAUCCGAAGUGUAGAUCCAUCGUUGUUUUUAACAAACUCGAUGCCUUCAUUGCUGGUACGUGAGCAUGCUAUUCUUCUGAAUCUGGGUUCAUUGCAAGCAAUGGCAAUGCAAGAGCAUGUCCUUAUUUUUGACUACAACAGUAAAGGAGGGAAGGCCUUCAUAGAAAUCUUGCUGCCUCGAUUGAAUCCCAAAAAUGUGAAUGGAGGGCCAUGUAUGGCAUUUGCUCUUGAGGUUGUUGAAGCAGCAUUGCUUUCACGCAUACAGCAUUUGGAGCAGAGAUUGAUCAAUUUAGAACCUCGAGUAGAAGCUCUACUUGAGGUUUUGCCAAACCGAUUAACUGGUGACAUAUUGGAGCAACUUCGUACUAGCAAGCAAACCUUGGUUGAAUUGGGUUCAAGGGCAGGGGCUCUCAGACAAAUGCUGCUUGAUCUUCUAGAGGACCCUCAUGAAAUACGCCGUAUAUGUAUUAUGGGAAGAAACUGCACACUUACGAAAGGAAGUGAUGACAUGGAAUGCUCCGUACCCUUAGAGAAGCAGAUUGCUGAGGAAGAGGAGGAAGAAAUUGAGAUGCUGCUGGAAAAUUAUCUUCAAAGAUGUGAAUCUUGUCAUGGUCAGGCUGAAAGGCUUCUUGACUCUGCAAAGGAAAUGGAAGAUUCAAUUUCUGUCAGUUUGAGUUCUCGGAGGCUUGAGGUUAGCAGAGUGGAAUUGCUUCUCCAGGUUGGGACAUUUUGUGUGGGAGUUGGUGCUCUAGUUGCAGGUAUUUUUGGCAUGAACUUGAAGUCCUAUCUUGAAGAACAUGUGUGUGCGUUUUGGCUAACAACAGCUGGGAUAAUUGUUGGCGCUGUUGUCGCUUUUUUCAUUAUGUAUUCCUAUCUCAGGACAAGGAAGAUACUGUGAAAGUCAAAGAUCAUUCAGUUGCAGCCAAUUGGUAAUUUAUACAAGAGGGUCCCGUAAUCUUCUUAUCAUGCGUCGUAUAAUUUUCAUUAAAGAUUAUUGGUAGCUAUGCUAUAUGAACUUUCAUAAAUAGUUCCUCAAUUGCUCCAGAUAAUGGCAGUGAUUGAAGGUCUCAUCAGUUUCUGAGCCGUUUGUUUGUCCAACAAGGAAGUUACUCCCAACGUGAAUGCCGCACUGUAUUCUUUAGGGGAAGUGCAUGAGCAUUAUGUACAUGGAACUAGCAUUAUUCCUGAAAUGAUUAUUGAAUUGAGAUGGAGUGGCACGAUGAAGCGAAUGUGACAAAGUCUAUAUAAUGAAAGCAGAAAUAUCCAUCUUCUGAUGCCUUUGUUUUACCGUUAAAAUCCAUGGCUGAUUGAACAACUACAUGCAGGAUUAGCAGCAACUCCUCUUAGGUCAGGAAGAUGAAGGUCAGUAUAGGCUUUCUGAUUGGUUGAAGAACGAUCCAAGCAUCAUUUCCGCAUACUGGUGGUUUUAUUCAGGCUGUAUGAGUAGAUGCCUUCCUUUAUUUGACAGUCCUUUGAUAGAACGUUCGCCAUGUGGUGACUAUUAUGGUGAGACUUUGUGUUUUCUUCUUUUCCCCUCUUCAUUAUUGUAUAAAAACUUAAAUCUCAUCCGUUCUCUUUAUUUCUAGCAUCAAACGGUAUCAUUUAUAGAAAAUCUUGCGCCUAUACUUCCCAACAAAA